AUGCGAGAAAAUAAUAACGAAAAUAUUGGAGAUGAAUUUAUAAUUCAAAAUAAAAGGAAAACAUUAUUAUCAACAACAACAAUAAAAAGAGAAACCCAACAACAAGUUCCCCCAAUUUUUGAAUUAUUGCUUAAUUCAGACGAAUCUUCGAGUGCUUCUUUACGUUCGGCUACAGUUUGGGGAGAAGAAAAAUGCAUUGUUAGAUGUGCUAUUGGGGAAGAAUCUAGAAGGGCUUUUAUUCCGAGUACUUUACUUUUACAUAAAAAUGGAAAGAAAGUUGGAAUAAUUGAAGAAGAAAGUGGUGGAAGUAUUGCCUAUGAAUUUAUUCCUUGGGAAGAAGAAAAUAAAAAAUUAGCUAAUAAUAAUAAACAAAAUAUCAAAAAGCCAAUCCUCUUCCAUUGUUCUGCCGAAAUAUUUCCAGAUGAAGCUAAAUUAUUAAGAAAAGGAAGAAGACAUUUUCCACAAAUAACAAAUAAAAAUCAAAUAUAUCAAAGAACAUUAAAGAUGACACCAAAAAUUGGAACGAUUCCUUGUGAAAAUAAUUAUAAUAAAUGUAAAAAUGGGGGGUUGUGUUUUGAAAUGAAUAAUAAUGGAAGUAAAUUUUGUUUGUAA